AUGUCAGCUUAUCCCCCACCUGCCUCGCUUAUGCGUCCAAUGGAAAUUCCUCCACGACAGCUCUUCGGACCGGGACCCUCGAAUAUGCGUGAUGUGAUCGCUGAAUCGCAAUCGAAAUCGCUUCUUGGACAUUUACAUCCAGAGUUUAUUAAGGUGAUGUCCGAUGCUCGAGAAGGGUUGCAGUACCUGUUUAAAACUAAAAACAACUAUACCUUUGCAGUAAGUGGAACAGGAGUCCGGCAACCUCUUGAAGGAUUGGGUGAAGCGUGUGCGCGUCACGGUACAUUGCUUCUGGUCGAUACGGUAGCCUCCAUAGGUGGAGCGGAAUUCCGAAUGGACGAAUGGGGUGUAGAUUGUGUUUAUGCAGCCACUCAAAAGGUCCUAAACGCCCCACCGGGACUGGCUCCAAUCUCCUUCAGUGACAAGGCGAUGUAG